UUUAGAUGGACCGGGUCCCGUUAUAUGUUUCCAUAUGAUAUGGCCGAUACAGAAUAAGCUUUUAGUAUUUUAAUGUGCCAUUCCGGUUCUUCUCUGGGGAACGCGGAAACGGUGGUGUCUAUAUAUUCGGAGCUGCCUUUGCAUCGUCGGAGGCAGCAAGUUCGAGUGGGCGGAUCGUUCUGCAUUGGCCUUCGUUGUUUCACGUAGCUAAGCCAAAGAAGAUGAUGGUUCAGAACACCGACGAGCGUCAAGCCUUCUGCGGCACCUUGAUCGGCCUCGCUUUCCUCACCACCAACACCGUCCUCUUGGCCUACCAAACCCGGCAUGACCCAUGGACCCUCGCAUUCGUGUUCUUCGCCUACCUCGACGUCUUGGCCCUCUUCGGCUGCCUCCGGGCCUAUGAGAAGCAGCGGGCGGAGCCUCUCGGCACGGUCGAGAAGAACACGAGUCUGAAGGUUGCAAUUUGGGUGCUCGCCAACGCUCUUAAUGUGGCAUUCGUUUACCGUGUCGCUCAGAUGAUGCCUCCGGCCUUGUAUGCCCCCGUCUGGGGUAUGUCUGGAUUCACCCUUCUGGCUACCUUCUAUGGUCUAUUCCAGUGUCCAGAACCGAAGAAUCUGAAUAACAAUGACGCCGAGGAGGUUCUUUUCUCGGAGUUUUCCCCUGAAACGAAGGUGUAGGCUUCCUUUCAUUUGAAGGAUCGCAAGCCACGAAACACUGUUUUAUUACAAUUUGAGCUAUUAAGUUCUAUGUUUCAAGCUCAUUGGCCCGAUCGUGGGCCAAAAUGUAGUUAGGCUAUGUUUUUUCAGCUUUAAGCUAAACUUGUACAUCCUUGGAUUGAAGCCCACCCUAAAACUGGCCUGGCCUGGCCUGAGAGGCCUCCGGUCAUCCCAGACCCAUUUCCAGCUCUCUCUCUCUCUCUCUC